GCAUGCGUUCACCCCGAGUUCAGCUCUAGUUAGGGAGAAGCAGGAACUGAUGUGCAGUCAGUUUCCUCACCUAUCCGAGCGCGAGAGCACAACCGACCGCGCGCCGAGCGCGUUCUCUCUAUUUCCAGGAGUGUUUCUUCUUUUUCCUCACACAGCCAGCCCUGGAGCUGUUUACGCACUGAAAAUCCUCUCGCAGUUGCGAUCAGUUUGUGCGGGUCCUAUUAAAGUGAAUUUGAAAACGACAAGGAUCAGAACGAGGCUGAAGCAUCUUUAAGAGCGCGCGCAUCUCCCUGAGAGCGCGAGCAACAUAUGUGCUGCCUCUGAAGACUCGGUACAGCACAUCAGUGUGUCUGAAAAACGCUUGAAAAAACGUAUCACCCGAAUGCUGAAAACUUUAAAGGAAUAUUUAUGAGCAUUUGAGUGGAUUUUCUGUCAGUAACACUAAGUAAAAGUCGUACUUUUGGAGAUAUUAAAAGGACGGAAUACGAAGUGAACGCUGCGUUCCGAGGGGAAUCACAUUUACGCUCCUUCAGUUAUACGGUUCUUCUGUGCGGACGGAAGUUUCUGAGUUUUCUGACGAAAAAAUGGGCAUAACUGGUUAUUUUCAGCUGCAGUGGAAAUGCCUGGUUGUUGUGGCUCUAAGACUGCUGUUCCUUGUGCCCGCAGGAGUGCCAGCGAGAAGCGGAGACCCUUAUUUAAAGGACAACAUCACUGUCAGACAGGGAGACAGUGCUGUCUUGAAGUGCAAUGUGGACAACAAAGUAUCACGGGUGGCAUGGCUCAACCGAACCACUAUCCUCUUCACAGGGAAUGAAAAAUGGUCAUUGGACCCCCGGGUGGUCCUACUAAACACAGCAGUCACUGAAUACAGUAUAAAGAUCCUAAACGUGAACUUAUACGAUGAGGGGCCGUACGUAUGUUCUAUCCUCACAAACAAGAAACCAGAAUCGACAAAAGUGCACCUCAUUGUACAAGUUCCUGCCAGGAUUGUAAACAUAUCCACAGAUGUUUCAGUGAAUGAGGGUAGUAAUGUAAGCCUCAUGUGUCUGGCCAUCGGACGACCUGAACCCACCAUUUUGUGGAAAUUUCGUUCUUCAAAAGGUAACCGAAUCAUUACCGAGGGUGAAUAUGUGGAAAUGACUGGAAUCACCAAAGACAUGUCCGGCUCGUACGACUGCAUCACCUCGAACGACAUCUCUCCUCCGGACGUGAGGACUGUUCAGGUUACUGUAAACUACCCACCCGUCAUUUCACGAGCUCGGAGCACAGGAACGGCUGUCGGACAGAAAGGAGUUUUGUGGUGUGAAGCGUCUGCUGUUCCUCUAGCGGAUUUUCAGUGGUAUAAGGGGGAGCGCAGACUCCUCAACGGAUUCAAUGGGGUCAAGAUCGAAAACAAGGGUAAACAGUCCAUGCUAACAUUCUUUAACGUCUCCGAAGAGGAUUACGGGAACUACACCUGUGUGGCCAUGAACACGCUGGGAAUAACAAACGCCAGCAUUAUUUUGUACGGCCCCGGAGCGAUACACGACGUGAACAACGCAGCCUUAUCGCCAACCUGCUCAUUCUUGCUUCUAACUCUCGUUUUAACCCUCUCGGUCCUCAGCCAGUUUUGAUGCUAAAGCAGCGCGUCCGCUUCUCCGUCCAAACACAGACUCACAGUCCCACACACAGAGAAGGAGAGUACGUAUUAUCAGCAUCAUCAUCUUUAUCAUUUAAAUUGUUUUGCCUUAUGCUUUGUUUCUGAAGGGAAGCGUCAGUGUGGGUUUAUGGGUCUGUAAUAAGAUGCUUUGGGAUUUAAACGUGUUUUGAAACAGUGAACUGGACUGUGAAUGGAGUCAGUCUGUUAGCUGGGUAGAAAUAAUAAUAGAAUCACUAUCUGUGUCUCUCCAACCUUUUGUAUGUGAAAAGAGAAGCAAAAAUUCAUGUAAUCGUGAAUAACUGAUUGGUUUUUUGCUCAGUAUUGAACAGUGUGAAUUGAGGUAACUGAUGUGUCCUGUUUUCCUGUAAAAUAACAUGAUUUUCUUUUUUUCUUUUUUUAAAUAAUCGAUACAAAUGACAAACAGCAAAAAAGAAAGAAACAAAAAGCUUCAGUGUGCCCAGAAAGUAUUUGGACACUUGAGUCGUGCUUAAAAAUGUCAAUAAACCAAGUGGCAUUGACAAGCAAAAUGAUCCCUUUCACUUUUCUCCAAAGUCACUUUUCUCCCAUUUCUCGCAUUUCCAUUUUUCGAUGGAGAAUCCCCUUUAUUUAGUGGAGAUUUUUAGAUAUUUUAUUAGUUAUAGCUAUAUUUUAAAAUGACAUUUAUUCAUGUGAUGGCAAAUCUGAAUUUCCAGCGGUGAUAAUAAUAAUUUAUUUAUUUGAUUCAAUGAAUUGUUAUCUAAUGCAAUUACACGGCUCAAAUGUCCAAAUACUUUUUGGGGACGCUGUAUGUGAUUAUUUGAUUUACUGUACAUGUACAGAUGUAUGCAAAAUACUGUUCACACACACACACACACACACACACACACAAGAUCUAUGCGUUCAAUAUAAUAUAGCACCAGUUCGUAAAAACAUAGUGCAUCCAUCAAUGCUCAUCUGCCAUUAAUGGUGUUCAAACGACAAAGGAAUCACAAAGAUAACCUGCACGUGUACUCGUACUGAGCUGACAUAGUUACAAGCAGUAGGAUAGACUCCUUACUUGGUCUAAUACGUUUCACGCUGCUCUUAGAUAUGUUUUUAGUGUAGACACAGACAAUAUGCCCUAAUGUAAGCUACAUAAAUUCUGUUCCUCAUAAACCCUUUAGGUUGAUCAUAAAUGUAUACCAAAUGGGACAGAGGAACUGAUCUGAACAGGUUUGAAUAGUCAUUUCCUCUAUAAAGUCCAAAGGGUGAUUUAGUAAGUCUUGAUAUCCACAGGUCACAUUUCAUACAACCAAAUGAUAUCAGUCAUUGUAUAUUUUCUUGUAAAUCCCUUUCCAGAUACAUUUGCGUUAUUUUAAACGGAUCGAAUUUGCUUUGGAUGAUUCUACUGGAGUGUUUAAACUUCUUUCUCAGGUUUUUGGUGCUGAGUUUCUUUUAAGUGUGUAUGAUUUUGUAUUCUUGAGUCUUGGUGAAGUAAAUUUGAAAGAAGCCAAAACUGUUAUCGCAAACGAUAUAAUAAAAAGAUGAUAUUUCAAUAACUUCAUGAGAAGAAAGAAAAAAAAAAUCCCAGUAAGAGACACAUUUCCUUGCGUAUAUCUGUGGGUGAUAACCAUCAAUUUAUCUGUGAUCUUUAGCACUAAUUUCCACACUAAUAUAAUGUCAUAUAAAUGUCAAAUUGUGCAUGUCUGAGCAGGUGAAAGAAAACGGUAAUCUCGGUUUCCAUCUAUUUCAUAUUCCAUAUCUCUCCUUUCAUAAGUCUGCAGAUUUAGCAGCCGCACUUUCGUACUCGUUACUCUACGAAGGCCGACCCGUCGACACGCUCAUUAAUGAUUUCCAGAAACGUCCACUUAUUAGUAGCUGGCAAUGUACGAGAGCUUAAAAGAACCUGUAAGGAAAUGCAGUCACAGUCGCUCAACCCACACGACUAACUUUACAGUUCUAAAAUGAGACCUUGUCCGCACUCAGCUUCAGUGAGCACUGUCAACAGCGCUAGACAAACACACUGAAGAGGAAUGAUUCAAUCCAAGGUCUGCCACAUCACUGAGAAAAUAAAUAUAUGUCCUUUGAGUUGAUUUCAAAUGAGAUUCCUGCACUCUAAUUUAAAGGAUGCUGCUCUGUGACCGACUGAAUGGUUUUUGUGACUGACGUUUGCACGGUGGACUCUUGCAAAAGGUUCGCGUGCAAUAUCGCUCUUAUGGAUAUCAGAUCAUGUCAUGUGAACGCUUGAAAUAUUAAUUGGACCUCAUUGUGAUCAUGACAUUCAUAUUAAGUACGACACUGUUCUUAACCAUGCAGUAUGUUAAAAUGCUGUAUGUGAACAAAAAAAUAUAUAUGCAAAUGAAUAUUUAUCCUGGAUUUAUUUGAUUGUUAAAUAUAAGGACGGUGUAAUUGCGGAGAUCAACACACCUUUUCCUUGUUAGCGUUGUGCCUUGCGUGCAUUUAAAAAAAAAAAAAAAAAAAAAAAAUCGUGGUAGUGCAAUCGAAUAGAUUCAGUAUCGACCCUGGAAACUUCCGCUUGGGAUGCAUUUUUGUAAACAGCCGGCUCGGUUUUACUCAUUUAAUUAUUUCAAUGAAAAUCCCCAAAAAAUCAUCUUUUGAUAAGUAUCAUCAAACAUCGGUAUCUCAAUUGUGUUUCGGGUGCCCAAUGAUUUCUGGUGAGUUUUGUAACAGGUUAAAGUACAUUAAUAGGUUGUACUGUAGAUUACUGAAGUAUAAUUUUGGUAUGUUGGUUAACUUUUUAAAACGCUAAUAUUGUGACGGUGAAGUCAUUUGAACUGCUGGGAUGAUCGGGAGUGGCCGCAACAACCUUCACAGUGAUCGGCAGUAGUGUACAUACAUUACAGUAUCUGACUGAAAUGGCAUUGCAAACCCAUUUAAGUUACAAACAGAAUGUAAUUGUUUUUCUUUGUUUUGGUAUAUUUAUAUUUAUUGUCAUAUGAAGGGAACAAAAUAGCAAACAUUCAAUAAUAGCACUCUGGAUUUUUGCUGACCUGAUAAUGGUUAUUUUAAAACUGCUGCAAGUAUACAUGGUACAUCUAAUCAUAGCAACUGUGCUUCACCCCAAAUAUCUUGGCAAAAAGUAUUUUGCCCUCCCAAACUGUAUUGUAUGUUUGUAUUUUUUUUUCUGACUGUCUCUAUCUAGUUACGAUUGUAAAGUGUAUUAUACCUUAACAUUUGCAACACACAGCUCUCUCAAUGUGCAUGUACAGCCGUAGUUGUAUUUUUCUUUUUUUACUAUUGGAAAAUGAGUACAAGACUGUUGUAUGUGUUCUGUGUAAUAAAGUUAAGAAUAUUUUCUUCUA